AAACGGAAAGGGAAGGGAGGAAAGAGAGCAAGUGGAAGCGAACGAAAAGGAUGAGAGAAAGGAGCCAAACUCUCAGCAUUUUCAAUGUCAGUCCUUCUCUCUAGACUCGUCACACACUCGCAAGCAAUCUUUUUCGUCCUUUUCCUCCCAAAAAGAUUGUAGAAAUUGUGAAUUUUUGUGUGUGUUGAAUCUGAACUUUAUCAUUAAUCUUCUCCACCUCUUCUAUCAAGACAACGCUUGAUCGCUACGCCACGAGUUUGCGGUCACUCUCCACGAUUAGGGUUUCAAUCGCAUUGAAUUUCCCAUGUUUUAUCGUAGAAUUUGGAACUAUGAGUGUAGUUUUUGGCGGAUUUGUAGAGAUGGGGAGCGGUGAGGAGGAGAUUGGAUCCUGGGGAUUGUGUGAUGUGGAGAACACAAUAUUUGUGGCGGUGGGGAAGAACGUGAAGGAGAGCAAAUCGACGCUGUUUUGGGCAUUGCAGAGCUUUCCUGGCAAGAUCAUAUGUCUUCUUCAUGUUCAUCAGCCGGCACAUUUGGUCACACUCAUUGAUGGGAAGUCCUCACUCAGCAAACUAAAGCAGCAUGCGGCUAAGGCAUAUCACGAACUAGAGCGACAGAGAAUGCACAAACUUCUAGAUCAAUACCAUCUUAUUAUAGACCAAGCGGGGGUGAAGGCAGCUAAAGUGUGGAUUGAAAUGGACAAUGUGGAGAAAGGGAUUCUACAAGUUGUAGCUCAACGCAAUGUCAGACGGCUUGUCAUGGGAGGAGCAGCAGAUAAACACUACUCAGUGGAACUAUCAGAACUUAAGUCCAAGAAAGCAAUAUUCGUAUGCCAGCAAGCUCCACCUUCCUGUCAUGUUUGGUUUGCUUGCAAUGGAUGCCUUAUCUUUACUAGACCAAGGUAUUGCCAUGUUAGCUCUAAUGUGGGGAGCAUCACGGUAUUGUCUAGUCCAACUGUUAGCUCUGGCAUGAAAUUGGUUGAGAGUCAUGCAGAUGUGGAUGAAGAAACUGAUGAAGUGGAAGGGAUGUCCGGCAGAUUCACUUCUAAGAUUUCGGUGCCUUCAACUAAAUCAACAGAGAAAACCAUUGGUACUUUACAAGUAAACUCUCUUUCAAUGCACAAGAUGAGAGGAGAUGGUUCACUUUUACCCUUUCUGCACAAGUCUCAAGAUGAUCCAAAUCAUUCAUCACCUAUUGUUUCUUUGGAAGAAAAAUCUGCUGAACAAGCAACUUCUGAAAUUUCUGACAAACUAGAGCAUGCUGAGGUAGAUCCUGACAACUCCGAGCAGAAAGAAUUUGAAGAGUCAGUGAGUCUAUGGAAAGCUGAAGAAGAUACUUUGGAGUCGAUAUACAAGCAGGAUGAAGAAGAUUGUUUGUCCCCUGAAAGUAUCAAGGCAGAAGAAUUAGAUAGUCUAUGCAUGAAGGAGAUAAAGCAAAGAAAAGAAAUGGAGGAAGUCCUGGCCAGACAAAGGCAAAAUCUUGAUCAGUUGAGGAAUCAGCAUGAUCAAUAUGCAAGAGAGCUCCAGGCCAUUCGUGACCAGAAGCCAAUCCUAGAGAAUCAACUAGUUGAGUCUCAGUCUAUGGAGGAGGAGUUAGUAGAGAAGAUCAUUCAAGCUGUAAAUCUCUUGGAAACUUUUAAAGAAAAACGGGAUAAGCUAAAAUUUGAACGUGAUAAUACUAUCAGAGAAAUUAAUGAAACAAAGAAAUUGGUACAGAAGGAUGCUCAGGACUCAUUCGGACUACAGUUCUUUGCAUUCUCUUUCUGGGAGAUUAAUGAGGCAACCCGAGAUUUUGAUCCAUCUUGGAAGAUUGGAGAUGGGAUACAUGGGAGUGUUUAUAAGGGGUUUCUUUGUCAUCUGAAGGUUGCUAUAAAGAUGUUACCUUCUCACAGCUCUCGAGGACAUAUGGAAUUUGAAAAUGAGGCCCAUGUUUUGAGUAGAGUACGACACCCUCAUCUUGUAAACUUGGUUGGAACUUGUCCAGAGUCUAGGUCACUUGUCUACGAGUACCUCGCAAAUGGGAGCCUUGAAGAUUGCCUUGCCUGCCAAGGGAAAACUCCUCUUUCAUGGCAAACUCGCAUCAGAAUUGCUAGUGAGAUAUGCUCUGCCCUUGUAUUCCUCCACUCCAACAGGCCUUGUAUCAUUCAUGGGAAUUUAAAGGCCACAAAUAUCCUCCUGGAUGCCAACUUUGUCAGCAAAAUAGGUGAUGUGGGCAUCUACCAAUUGAUUUCAAAAGAAGGGUAUCCAACUCACGCAACCACAUUAUUGAAUAACGCUGAUCCAGAGGCAUCCGCUUACGUGGAUCCAGAAUUUCUCGAGACUGGAGAACUUACUGUGGAGUCUGAUGUGUACUCAUUUGGAGUUAUACUGUUGCGGGUUUUAACUGGAAGACCAGCUGCGGGGGUAGUGAAAGAUGUCAAGUGUGCACUUGAAAGAGAGAAUUUGAAUACAGUGCUGGAGCUAACUGCCGGGGAUUGGCCACUAGAACAAGCGAAAACCUUAGCUUGCCUGGCAUUGAGGUGCUGCGAUAAUAAGAAGAAGAAUCGGCCAGACCUUGUAUCACAAGUUGGGAGUACGAUUGAACUGCUGGACAAAUCAUGCACUUCAUCAAACCAUGACUCCAAUGAGUCUCGCCGGGUACCCUCUCAUUUCACCUGCCCCAUCUUUCAGGAAGUCAUGAAAGACCCGCACAUAGCAGCAGACGGUUUCACGUACGAAGCAGACGCCAUAAAAGGGUGGUUGAAUAGCGGCGCCAAGACUUCGCCGAUGACAAACCUUAACCUCGAUCACUUGGAUCUGCUCCCGAAUCAUGCCCUUUACUAUGCAAUUCAAGAGUGGCAUACAAAAUCCUGAGACUUUUAUCUGCUAAUUACACGUAUAAUUAUGUUAUCAUCUUAUGCUCUCAAAGUUGAGCUCACAGGGCAAGCCAAAUGUUCCAUACCGAUAUUUCAAAAGAUAUACAGAAUGUACAGGAAUAUUUACUUUGUUUCCAAGUCCAAAUCUGUCAAUUGUUUAGUUAGCUCU